AUGGAAAGUCCAAUGAAUUCUGCUAGUCGAUUUAUAGAACCUACUCAGGAUCCUUGUUUUGUGUAUUACAUACAUCCUGCUGAUAAUACCAGUUUGAAGGUCGUUUCUGAUCUGUUUAAUGGAGAACAUUAUAGUUCUUGGAAGAGAUCUUUGAUUUUGCACCUUUCUACAAAAAAUAAGAUGUGUUUUGUGGACGGUAGCUUACCUAAACCGCCUAGUCUGGAUUCUAAGUAUAAGGCCUGGGUUAGGUGCAAUGAUUUGGUUAUAGGUUGGAUUCUAGGCACUCUAGGUCCUCUUAUUAUUAAGAGUGUCUUCUUCUAUAAGACUGCUCAUGAAAUCUGGAAGGAUUUGGAAGAUAGAUAUGGCCAAACUUCGAAUGCUCAAAUGUAUUCAAUUCAGGAAGAGAUAUUUGCUGCUCAUCAAGAGGAUGAUAGUAUUCCUGAGUAUUUUGCCAGAAUUAAGAAUAUCUGGGAUCAGUUUGAUGAUGUUUGUCCCUUGCCUAUUUGCACCUGUUCUGGUUGCACCUGUAAUCUCACUAUGAAGUACUUGAAGAUACAACAAGAUCAAAGGCUUCUUCAAUUUUUGAUGAGAUUGAAAGCUAGUUAUCAACAAGUAAGGAGUAAUGUUCUUAUGAUGAUGCCUCUUCCUCCUAUCAAUCAGGCUUACAAUCUUUUGUUGCAAGUAGAAAGACACAAACAGUUGAGUGAGUCAGGACAUUCUUCUGAAACAAUGGCAUUUGCUGCAGACAGAAAGAAAUUCUAUAAACCUCCACAUCAGAAUCCUCAAUUUGGUAACUAUGGAAGUAAACCUGCUUCUGGUGAUAAUUCUUAUCCUUCUUUCAGACAGAAUAUGGGAUACAGGAAAAGAGAUUUAUUCUGUGAUCAUUGUAAAAUGACAAAUCAUACAAUUGAUAAAUGUUUCAAGCUGCAUGGUUUUCCUUCCGACAGACCUCAUCAGCCAAAGAAAUUUGCUCAUUAUGCUCAUGGUGAUGAUAACAAUUCUGAGACAGAUUCUCCUUUCACUAAGGAACAAUUAAAUGCUAUCAUGAGUUACAUCUCCAAACAAAAGGAUUCAAAAUCUAAAAACUCAGUUCCUCUGAUUGGUGAGAGCUCCAACAGUGCUGCUUUAUUUGCAGAAAGAUACUAG